AUGGAAAACUCUCAAAUCCCUGUUAUCCAGCCUCAGGAAGACACAGCCCCUGAAAUCGACCCAGAAGAACUUUUUAACCAAGGCCUCUUUGACCUCAAAGAAAACAACACUGACCUAGCUGUAAAAAAACUCGGGAAAAGUUUGCAGAUAAUUAGCGCGAAAAGAGGAGAGCUGGACAUGUCACUUUAUAAAUACUAUUACCACUACGCAGACGCUUUGCUAGUCCAAUAUGAAGAAGAACAAGGAGAUAACUUGUUUGGAACGGAGCUACCAGAAGAGGAAGAAUACUCCAAUGAUGAAGAAAAUGAAUCAGGCUCUGCAGAAGAAGGCGAAAGUCAAGAAGGCUCUCAAGAAAACGAAGAAAAUAAUAGUGAAGGCGAAGAAGAAUCAAAUGAGCAGCAAAGCGAGUCAGAAGAAGAGCCAGAAGAAGAAGAGGAACAGCAGCCAAGCCCACCUGAAGAACAACAGAACCCUUCAGCAGACAAAAAAGAUGAGCUUGAGGACUUACAAAUUGUGUGGGAAAAUUUAGAAACUUGCCGAAUUAUUCUGAAAUCUAACCAAAAUGAUCCUGAAUAUUUGCUAAAAACUUAUACUAGGCUUGGAGAUGUAAAAAACUGGAACGAGGAUUUUAACGGGGCUUGUGAAGAAUACUCAGAAGCUCUUGGGCUACUUUUACAGCUAGAAGGGGACAUUUUUUCAAGGAGAAAAGCUGAGCUUUAUUUUCUUAUCGGAACAACUCAUUUAAAUCAGCCAGGAAAAGAAAAAGAAGCCGCCGAGAGUUUUACAAAGGCCUUAGAGCAGCUAGAAAUGGUGAAAAUGAGGAUUUUUGACUAUGAAAUAAUCAAAGAACUGACUGACGUCAUUGAAGAGGUUAAAAUGAAAAGGGAAGACGCCAUUGAACAAGAACAAAGCUUGAAAAUAUUGCAAGAGGAAAAGGAACAAGAAGAAAAGGCAAAUGAAGGAUUCGCCUCAUCAGCCAUUUCAGGGGAUGUCAAAGAUUUAGGGACUUUUGGGAAAAGGAAAAAAGAGCAGAAUAAUGGGGAAAAUAAGGAUAUUAUUGCAAAAAACGAAGCAGAAAAGCCUUCUAUUUUUGGAGGGCCGGUUGUGGACAUUGGGAUUUUUGGAAAAAGAAAAGCUGAGCCAGAAGCUUUAUUUAAAAAUCUUGCAAAACCUGAAGAAUCUGAAGUCAAAGAUUUAGGGAUUUUUGGAAAGAGGCAAAGAGAAGAAUCCCAAGAAAAUGUGAAUACCAAUGCAAAGGAAGGAGACCCCAGCAAGCACCCAAAAAUCAACCCUUAA